AAAAGAUGAGAGUGGUGCUGGGCUGUCUGGCUGUCGGUGGAGAUCUUUGAAAUCCCACUUACAAAUGUGGAGUUAAAGCUCUUGGAACUGGACAGCUUCCGUUGAACAAUCAUGUCUUCUACUUUCCUUUGGGUUCUGCUACCUUUCCUAUUUUUGGCUCUAACUCCACAAAGAUCUGGUGGGCAGCUAGAUCAGGAAUGGUGCAUAGCAGAUGAGCAGACCCCGGAUGAGGAGCUGCAAAUGGCAAUGAAGUGGGCGUGUGAAGCGGGAGGUGCAGACUGCAGCAAGAUACAAGAAAACCAAGAAUGCUUCUGGCCUAAUACUACGCAGCACCAUGCCUCUUAUGCCUUCAACAAUUACUAUCAAAGAUUCAAGCAGCAAGGAGCAACUUGCUACUUCAAUUCUGCCGCAUUGGUCACUGCCCUUGAUCCAAGUGAUAAUUCGUGCAAGUUUGAGUAUCUUCCUUGAGGAAAAGUUUGGGAAGAUUCGCAGUCAAAGUUUUUAAGAUUUGCAUUUGUGGGAUCACAUACAGAUCCAAUGAAUUUUUUUUUUUUAUAAUUUCUAUUCAAAGAGCGUUGCCUUAAAUUUAUUUUCCCAAAAAUGUUGUGAUCUGAUCGAUGCAUUGACUCCUCGCAAAUUUUGGGUGGGCUGUACAUUAAACUAGAUAGUGGCCUUUGGAUUCAGACACUAGGCCCAAGUAAUUUUUCUUAUAAUAUAAAGGCCACGUUUUCUGCUUUCCGAAUCACAAGAAAUAUUUGGGCCGGUAAAAAAAAAGUGGCCCAUAGCCUUGUUUUCGCAAAAA